UACCAUACCAACUCACCCGAUAAGGAUCAAACCCAAUCCAAAUAGGACACUCUCCAUUCUCAUCUUCUUCAUUCUUCUACAAAUUUCCACUUUCAAAUCAUUUUGAACUCUUCCUCUUCUUUCUUUGCUCUCGAAAUUUCUCUCGUCGCUAUGAUUCCGUUCGUGCGAUCAUCGUCUCGGAAUUUACUCGCCCUUCUCAACCAAAACCAUCUCUACCCAUCUUUGCUCUCUUCUGUUUCGGAGUCUCCUGUGUGGAUUGGAUCUCUUUGGUCGACUACUCGAUUUGAAUCCACGGAAGCUGUGCGUCAUGUGGAUCAGCUGUAUGUUCAUGACAACGAUGAUCAGGAAUUGGAUUUCCCGGGAGGAAAAGUUCCAUUUACGAGUGAAUUGAGAUUCAUUGGUGAGUCGACGACUCAAAAGCGAGUUCCGUGUUAUCGUGUUAUUGAUGAAAUUGGAGAGACAGCUACAUCGAAUAAGUUCACGCAGUUGAGCAAAGAUGCAGGGAUUAAGAUGUACAAAGACAUGAUAACCCUUCAAACAAUGGAUACCAUAUUCUACGAAGCACAAAGGCAAGGAAGAAUCUCAUUUUACUUAACUUCAUCGGGAGAAGAAGCCAUUUCGGUUGCUUCGGCCGCUGCCCUUCACCCCGACGACGUCGUUUUAGCUCAGUAUAGAGAGCCGGGAGUGUUGUUAUGGCGUGGGUUUACGUUGCAAGAAUUUGCAAACCAGUUGUUCGGAAACAAAAGCGAUUAUGGGAAGGGUCGACAAAUGCCUAUUCACUAUGGCUCCAAUCAACACAAUUACUUCACUAUUUCAUCGCCUCUUGGAACACAAAUUCCACAAGCAGUUGGCAUUGCUUAUUCGCUUAAAAUGGACAAAAAAGAUGCUUGUGCCGUAGCUUAUUUUGGAGAUGGCACCACUAGCGAGGGCGAUUUCCACGCGGGGUUGAACUUCGCAGCCGUAUUAGGAGCGCCGGUGAUUUUCAUCUGCCGCAACAACGGCUGGGCUAUCAGCACUUCCGUCCAAGAACAAUUCCGGAGCGAUGGCGUGGUAGUGAAAGGCCAGGGCUAUGGAAUCCGAAGCAUACGAAUCGAUGGAAACGAUGCCCUAGCCGUAUACAGUGCGGUUCGCAAAGCUCGAUCCAUGGCGGUUGCAGAGCAAAUGCCGGUUCUGAUCGAGGCUUUGACUUACAGAGUUGGUCACCAUUCUACCUCCGAUGAUUCCAGUAAGUACCGCGCUGUUGAUGAGAUUGAGCACUGGAAAAUGGAGAGGAACCCUGUGAAUCGCUUUGCUAAAUGGCUUACUAAUAAUGGAUGGUUGAGUGUAGAAGAUGAGUCCAAGCAUAAAACCACCAUUAAAAAACAGUUGUUGCAAGCAAUCCAGAGUGCAGAGAAGACAGAGAAGCCUCCACUUUCAGAGUUGUUCAAUGAUGUUUAUGACCAUUUACCCUCAAACCUUCAAGAACAAGAGGAAGUACUCAGGCAAACAACGAAGAGGUAUCCUCAAGAUUAUCCUUCUGAUGUUCCUCUUUAGAUUCUAUCAAACAUAUUGUCAAGACUCCUAAUGUGUGCAUACUUAUACUUGAUUCAAACUCGAAGCUUGAGCCAAAUAAGUGUAAACUCGUAUGAUUCGAUAUAAUGUAAUGUCGACUCUGUGAGUAAUCAUGCUCGUCGGGAACUCUUGCAAUGAUGAUGUUCUUAUGUAAAUUGAUAUGAAAUUCAUAAUCAAAUUAUUUGGACUUA